AUGAGAGUGCUUGAAAUGUAUAAAAUCAAAGUUGGUGAUCAUGAAUUAAGAAGCUAUGAAUCCUCGGAACAAGAACAUMAAUUCCAAGAAAUAUUUGUACAUCCCGACUACAGGCAUGAUCCCAUCUAUGAGAACGAUAUCGCUUUAGUUAAACUGAACCGUGAAGUCAUCCUGGGCCAGUAUGUGCGCACUGUUUGUCUUCCUGGACCUGACCUGGACCUUGCUAAACCAGGUACAGUAGGAAUGGUUGCUGGAUGGGGAAUUACUGAAUCCGGUUAUGGUUCUUCGUUUCUUCGCUACUCCUCGUUUACCAUCGAGACAAACAAUGUCUGUGGGAGAGCAAUAAGCUUCUACUACAACAAGACGGUAGCAUUCUGUGCAAGUGAUGUUAAAGGACACAGCGCGCCAUGUUACGGUGACAGUGGAGGGAGUAUGGUACGAAAGUUAUUCCUAAAUGGAAAAUAUCGAUAUGUAACAAUUGGUUUAGUCAGUUGGGGUGGAUGUACUCUAGGAAGUCAUUAUGGGUACUACACAAGACUGCAUCCAUUUUUACCGUGGAUUUAUCAUAAAGUCAAUUCUACUUGUAUGGGCCCUGGUAAGCCUAGAAAUGGUGUAGUUACUCCAGUCAAGAGCGUGUACCAGCCAAAUGAAAUCAUAAAGUUUACGUGUAAUACAAAAUACACAAGAAUCGGAAAAUCAGAACUGAAGUGUCAACGAGAUGGAACUUGGAAUGGAUUUUGGCCACUUUGCUUAGCACCAUGCCCAAAACCCGCACAACCAAAAAAUGGCAUCCAACUCGGUAACAACUUUGCGCAUGGUCACAGCGUUUGGUUUCGAUGCAACACCGGUCAUAAACGUAUUGGUUCAUUUGUUACCACGUGCAACAAUGGAAAAUGGACCAAUAAAACUCCAAAAUGUGCUGCUCCAUGUCCAGAUCCUGGUAUACCAAUUGAUGGUCAUCGAUACAACCACUCUUUCCAACAUGGUGACCAAGUCAUGUUUACUUACAAGUCUUUGAUUGGAAGAAAGAUUAUUACAUGCAGUGAUGGACGAUGGGAUCAGAUGACRCCAACAUGUGCCUUGAAAAUUACAGACAAAUGUACAUUUAUACAACCCUCCAGCUGUGGUGUAAGUCCAACUUCGUUUAGAGCCAGAAUGGUUGGCGGUAACAAAGCUGGCCGUGGAACCUGGCCGUGGCAAGUUGGAAUCCAUAAAAUUGACUGGAAGGGAAGUUUGUACCUGAUUUGUAGUGGUACAUUGAUCGGAAAACAAUGGGUUCUAACAAUAGCUCAUUGUUUCUAUGGUAAAAAUGGCAUCACAAACAAACCAGAGAAGCAAACCUUUCCACCAGCAACAUACACCUUAAAGCUAGGCGAUGAUCACUUGAAGGUCAAAGAACCAGGCCAGGUUGACAUCGAACCUGAUGUAAUAUACAUCCAUCAAAACUUUAACAAUACAUUAUUUGAGAACGAUAUUGCCCUCAUUAAACUCCAAAAGGAAGUGAACCUAGGCCCGUUCGUUCGUCCCGUAUGUCUACCAAAGAAAGGUGAACAUUUACUGCAGCCAGGCGAGCAUGGUUACGUGGCAGGGUGGGGUGCAACACUGGUUGUUCAAGUAGGCCAACAUCCCCCUCCGAAUAAAAUAUAUUCCACGGUAUUACGGCAUUCAGCAUUCAUGGUCCAAAACAACUUAACCUGUCAUAAAGCAACCAAGUUCUUUUUCAAUCCUAACGUCACUUUCUGCGCGGGAGAUGGAAAAGGCGGCAACGACACGUGCAAAGGUGACUCCGGCGGCAGCUUUGUCAGAGAGUCAAGACAGAGCAACGGCAAAUGGCGAUGGGUUUCAACUGGUCUGGUAUCGUGGGGGGAGGGCUGCGGAUUGCCAGGAAAAUAUACCUAUUAUACACGAGUAGAGCCAUUUGUAGACUGGAUCAAGGAAACUAUACAAAAAGACUGCAAAGAGGCGGAUAAAUAAAAAAGAAAUAUUUUUAAAUUAUCAGUAUACAACUUAAGUUUUGUAGAACUCUCGUAAAGACUUCGUACAGACCAUUAUUUCCGCGAGAAUAAUUAAUUAUUCAGAAAUUGUAAGAUGAAUAAACA